CAGCCUUUUACUGCUCUUCCUUUCUCUUUUCUCCCCAAACCCUUCUCAAGAUCCCUAAAUCGCAGCUUGUCUGCAACACAUUUGCGCCAAGAUGGGUGGAGAUCUGAAUUUGAAGAAGUCAUGGCACCCCUCCCUCCUCCGCAACCAAGAGCGUGUCUGGCAGGAGGAGAAGCGCGCCUUGGAAGAGCGCAAACGCAUCGAUCAGCUGCGCCGCGAGCGAGAUGAGGAGCGUCAAAUCCAAGAGCUUCAGCGUCUACAGGAAGACUCGGGGAAGGGACGCCAACAGAACCGAGUCGACUGGAUGUACCAGGCUCCGUCGAGCGCGACGGGCCACUACUCUGAGGAGAUGGAAGGGUAUCUACUGGGCAAGCGUCGCAUCGAUGGGAUACUGUUGAAGAAUGACGAGAGCAAGAAGUUGGGCAAGGGCGCCGAGGUUGGCUCGGGGCAGGCGCCGACCGCGCCGCCGGUUCAGAAUGCCCGCGAUACGAUGUCGAAGGUUAUGGCUGAUCCGUUGCUGGAGAUCAAGAAGCGGGAGCAGGCGGCUUAUGAGAAUUUGGUGAAGGAGUCGGCGAGGAGGGGCGGUGCGGUUGCCUCGGGGUCCCGCGGAGGCGAGAGGGAGAGGGACGGUGAUCGGGAGCGCAGUCAUAAGCGGAGAAGAUACAGCGAUGAGGAGGAUUCACAUCGGCGCCAUCGUCACAGGUCUCAUCGGCAUCGGUCGAGAUCCCCGGAGCGGUCGCAUCGCAGACACAGGGAUGAUCGCGAUGACCGGGACCGCAGAGACCGCGAUCGCAGAAGCGACAGAGACCGCAGGGAGGAUAGAGAUGGGAGAGAACAUCGCUCGGACAGGCAUAGGGACCGUGAGGAGAAGUACGACCGUGCUCCGCGACGCGGUUCCUUCCAGGAUCGAUCUCCCUCACCUCGACCCGAUUAUCGUCACUCAGAUCGCCGCCACGCAGAGGAGAAGGAUUCUCGACCUCGCAGAGAUUACCGCGGCGAGGACCGACGAGACAGACCAUACCGUGACAAUGGAAGGAACAACCGAGGUCCCAGGGACUCGCAUCCACGAGACCGAGACUCCAGGCCCGGACCCGAUGCAGCAGAGCAGGAGGAAAUUCGGAAAAAGAAGCUCGCCGAGAUGCAGGACAAUGCGAAUGAUAUGGAGCAGACUCGUCGCCAACGCAUUGCCGACGUCACGGCUGAAGAGGAGAAGCAACAGGAGCGAGAUGACAAGCAGCGAUCAGAACGCGGUCGUUUCGUCUCGACGAUGCAUCGACAACUGCAGGAGGACAACCUGGAUGAGCGGAUUCGCCGCAACCGUGGUGGAUUGUCUCGGGUGGAUGAUGAUUGAGCUUCAUCUUCUGAAUCUAAAUCUAUCUUUGGUCCAUGUCUUCGAUCCACAGGGAAUUUGCUGCUUUUUUUUUUCUAUUCAUCUGCCUGGAUUUUCCCGUCAUACCUCUAGCGUUCAGCUCGUUCAACUGGGUGAUAUCUACCCUCUAGGCACAUAUUGCAUCAAAUGGAAACUUAUGUUGUGCUGUC